GUAAGGAACGCUGCUCACGAGCAGGAUCCCCAACCCACGGACCAGAGGAAGCCGCCCCGAAAGCCGGAGCCCCUCCCUCACUUCAGCGUCUUGACCGUCACGGCCGCGAGCCCCGCGCAGCCUGUGCAACUCUCUGUGCGCGGAUCCCUGGGCGAGCAGCCUGUGCAGCGACGGCGCUUCCGCAAGCGGGGAGACGGGGAUCGGCGCGACGACUGGGGGAAAGAGGUCUGAGAGCCCUCCUCGAAGCCACGGACCUUUUCAGAGAGAUUCGAAAUAGAUCCAUGAGGCGAAUCCGCGACGCUCCAGGUAGCCCCCGCUCCUGAACCACAAUCAGAAACUGAAAGUUACAGCUACGUCUCACCGGUUCCACAUUGAAUCCGAAGCAGGCAGUAGACGCCAUUAGCGAGCCCGCCAACAAGCACACUCGCACGCAGUCCUCAAGCCAGCAAACACGCAUGCAGGCAACGGCGCACAGAUAGUUAGAGCAUGGGGGUAACUCCCGUCUCAAACUUCGGAAGGUUUGCUGCUGCCACCUGACAGCACGAGGCUCGCGCCCAUCGGUGCCCCCCUAGGAGGUUUUAGCCACGAGUCUGUCGCGCAACAGCCGCUCCAUGUUGUCGAAAUGCGCAAGAAGCUUUGGAAAUGCUUCAAUGUUCACCUCAUGUUUGUACGCUGCUUCCUGGAACUUUAUGCCCGCGACAAAAGCGUAAAUAACUGCGUCCACGGUCGAGGGCUCCGCACCAUGCGAGAACGGCCUGGUUCCCAUGAGGCCCUCGAUGGCGCGGAGGUCGUCCCCAGCAAGCUUCGUGGCCUCGGCUUCACUGUGCUUGCCCAUGCCCUGGCCCAAAUAGGUCGCCACGACCUGCUUGCGGAUCUUCGGACCGAGGCACGGCCAGCAGCAGGCAGGGAUGAUGCCGCUGAAAUACCUCGGUAAUGUCACGGUCUUGAAAUUCUCUUUCCGGCGCCAACGCUUCUCGAUAAAGGUGUGAACCACGUGGGAGACUGCCAAUUGGCCCGGCGAGAGCGAGGCGUCGAGCCGGUCAGGCCCCUUGCUCCGUUCGAGCUCCUCAACUAUGAACUGCGAGUCGCUGAGAAGCUCACCUGAUGGCAACUUCACAAAUGGGAUCUUGCCCUUCGGCGGUUUCGGCCGGUCUCUGGCGAUCGGGGCAUAUUCGAAGGGGGCGCCCGUCAGGACAAGAUAAGCCAAAAGCUUGUGCCCAAAGGGGAAAAUAUCUGCUACAAAUGCAACAUCCUGUUCAUCGCACUUGAAGCAAUAAACCGUCACAGUGCCAGCCGGAUCUGUCUUUGCACCUUGCUGCGCGCUGGCCAGAAAAAAACUACUUGCAUUGGCAAGCCAACCUCACUUGAGCAAACUUUCGGACGAGGGGGACGAAAUUUCAGCCGCCAGGGUGCUCGCGCGCGGGGUUUCCCCCCUCCUCGCUGCACUCUGG